AGGAUUAAGGUGAUUCAAUUUGUUUUCUGAGCUUCGAAAAAAAAAAUCAAGAAAAUAUUUGAAGAAUAAAAACUACAAUUUAAGUUGAAAAAAUGAACGAAUCGUUGAAUGAUCUCGUUUUUAAUAACCCAGUUUCUAAUAAAAUCAUCUCAGCAACAAAAAAGAUUUUGUUCAAGAAUGGAAAUAAUUCAUCAACAUCAGUUUCUACAAUGACAAAAAAUUUAACCACUCCAUCAUCUAUGACGCUAUUUCAGCAAGGAGGUCACAAUUCUAGCGUGUUCAUUAGACUUGCUGGAUUUUCUGGAGCGACUGCUGUUAUUCUUGGGGCUUAUGGAGCUCAUAAAACUCAAUGGCCAACAAUGACAGAUCCAAAGAGAGAUCCAAAAAUUAUCUUUGAAGUUGCUAACAAAUAUCAUUUCUACAACAGCAUUGCAUUACUGGCAAUACCUUUGGUUAAACGUCCAUGGCUAACCGGUCCUCUGAUGAUAACAGGAAUUCUUCUCUUUUCUGGAACAUGUUACUACAGUGCCCUAACUGGUGAUCAAAAAUUCAAUCGUCUUGCACCACUUGGGGGAACUUCGCUUAUUCUUGCUUGGGUUUCGAUGAUGUGGUUCUAAGAAUAAUAUAAUAAUUUCAUUAUUAUUAAUUAAUUCCAAAUAGGGUUCAACGUUGUGAAUGAUGAUGUUUCCAGUGAUUGUAAUAAAAUAAUUAAAACAUAAUUUUUGUCUGAU